AUGUCCACCACGGCAGCUCCAUUCGAGCUCGACACACCGACAAUCCUCUGCAUCGCGUUUGCGCUCUCCUUUAUGCCAAUCGCCUACGUCCUCGGCGUCUCCCUCAUCCCAUCUACCCAGACGCGCAACCGCAUCCUCUUUUUCUGGCACGCCUACGACGCCCUCACCCACCUUUUCAUCGAGGGCUCCUUCCUCUACGAAUGCUUCACUAGCUACGCGACCCUCCCGCCGGGUUUCACCACCGAGCCCGCCUUCCUGGGGUUCAAGGACCGCGUGUACGGCGCUGCGUAUGGCGGCUCAAGCCCCAGCGCGCGUCUAUGGCAGGAAUACGCAAAGGCCGAUCACCGCUGGGCGACUGCGGAUGCUAGUGUCAUCUCGCUGGAGCUAUUGACCGUGUUACUUGGUGGACCGGCCGCAGUCUACGUUUGUUAUUUGCUCUGGAACUCUACCCGCGAUGCGACGAGUGAAGAGAAGGGCUCUGCGAAGGGGAAGCUUUGGCUUGUUGCUACUGCCUUGGCGACGGCGGAGCUGUAUGGCGGGUUUAUGACGUUUGCGCCGGAGUGGUUGACUGGAAGCGCGCAGCUGGAGACUGGAAAUGCGGUUUAUCUUUGGUUUUAUCUGGUUUUCUUUAACACUCUUUGGGUCUGGAUCCCGCUUUGGGUGCUUUGGGAGGCCGGCAAGGAGGUGACAAAUGCGUUUGUGGCCGCGGAAGCGGUUGGUGAGAAGCGGAAGACGAAGUGA